GUAAAAAACGAAACUCCCGCUUCCGCCCAGGUAAGAACAAGCCAGGAUCGCCCAGCGACAGGUCUCGCCCCCAGCCGAGCAGUUCUCAAUGAUGUCAGCCAAUGUUACAUGCCUAUCCGAAAGUAAUCCUAUUUGAAGUCUGUAGGAUUUUAUUCUUAAUUGGUACACGGUUGCAGCCUAAGGAUUUCCAUUUGGCCAUAUUGAAUCAACAGUGCAAAUAAGCCAGGAUGCCAGAAAAUCCAAUUGCAGAUAAGCAGCAGAUCCUGAAGAUUCUGGAACGUCUACUAAUGAAACUUCAUGAGAAAGGAGACACUUCCCACAGUGAUAAUCUGGCUUUUCUAUACAAUACUCUUAAGAACCCUUUAUUCAAUCACGUGCUGACUCUUCAGCAGUCAAUAAAGCAGCUGAAAGAACAACUUAGGUAUAUGCCUCCAGAUCGUUCAGUGGAUUUUGAUUUUACUAGGCGAGGGUUGCUGGUAUUUGGGGCUGACCCACAUCCUGUUGUUAAUGGGAACAUCCAGAAUGAUAAGCAAAUGGCUCCACUAAUUUCCAGAUUUGAAGUGGAUGAAUUUAAUUUGAUAAUCCAAAAGAUGGCAAAGGGCAGGGAAAUUGAAUAUAUAGAUAUAGAGAAACCAUCUAAUAGGGGCCUUGGAUUUAGUGUGAUUGCUCUUAAAAAUCAAAGCUUUGGGGAAGUUGGUAUCUUUGUGAAAGAAGUACAGCCAGGAAGCAUAGCAGCCAGGGAUCAAAGGUUAAAGGAAAAUGAUCAGAUUUUGGCUGUAAAUCAUACACCAUUGGACCUAAACAUUUCUCAUCAACAAGCAAUCCUAUUGCUCCAACAGUCCACAGGGUCUUUACAUUUGGUUGUGGCCAGGGGGCCCACCCAGAGCAGCAGCAGGAAGUCUUCUGUUGUGAGUGAUGAUAAUGUACCUGAAAUGGUCAGUUGGGGCCACACUGAAGAAGUUGAACUAAUUAAUGAUGGCUCAGGAUUAGGCUUUGGAAUUGUAGGAAGAAAAACAAGUGGUGUGGUAGUACGGACUAUUGUACCUGGUGGACUAGCAGACAGGGACGGCAGACUUAGAACUGAUGAUCAUAUCUUGGAAAUUGGGGGUAUUAAUGUACAAGGUAUGAGCAGUGAGCAGGUUGCCCAAGUGUUGAGAAACUGCGGAAAUCACGUUAAGAUGGUAGUUGCACGAUCUCCUUUGUCUGAAAUAUCUACAACCCCACCAACUCCUGUGGCUGAUCCUGUGGGUGAAUUAGCUACUAUUCAGGACAGAGAAUCUGACACAGAAAAUGAAAUCCAUGAAGUUAAGUUGACUAAAAAGGAUGGACAGAGCCUUGGUAUAACAAUUGUUGGAUAUUCUGGAGUUUCUGAUUCAGGGGAACCUUCAGGGAUUUUCAUAAAGAAUGUAAUACCUGACAGUGCUGCGGAUCACAAUGGUCAGAUAAAAGUCAAUGACAAAAUUAUUGCGGUUAACAGAAUUAAUAUUCAGAAUUAUACCAACCAAGAAGUUGUGGAAGCUUUACGCAAGACAGGACCAGUUGUUCAUCUGACAUUGCUUCGAAAGAAACCACAUUAUGCAGAGACAGAGUUGGAUAGAGGGCAUUCAAACGCACUUAACUUGACUGGUGUGGAAACCGAUAGUGAAAAUGAGGAACCCCAAGAGCAAAAAGAUAACACUGAAAAUGAAAGGAAGCAGAAGCAAUACGCAAUUGGGAACACCUUAGACUCACCAGAAGAUAAGCCAACAUCCAAAUGGGAAACAUUGCUGGGACCUGAUUAUGAAGUUAUGGUUGUCACAAUAGAUACACCAAUUGCAAAUGAUGCUGAACUACAAAAAUAUUCAAAGCUGCUGCCUAUUCACACAUUAAGGCUCGGGGUUGAACUGGAUACUUUUGAAGGACAUCAUUACAUCUCUUCCAUUGCUACAGAUGGCCCAAUUGCUAAACUUGGCUUACUGCAACUAGAGGAUGAACUUUUAGAGGUAAAUGGUGUCCAGCUCUAUGGGAAAUCCCGCCGUGAAGCUGUUUCUUUUCUGAAAGAAGUUCCCCCUCCAUUUACCCUAAUUUGUUGCCGCCGUUUGUUUGAUGAUGACACGGAAUCUUUUGUGGAUGAGCCUACAGCCACAAUCGCUCAUUCUUUAGAACCAAAGGUGAAGUUUGAAAAUUCAGAGGAACAGCAGGAAGAUGAAGAAGUGGAACUAGCACUAUGGUCUUCUGAAGUCCAAGACAUUGUCCUUGUUAAAGAUGCAAAAAUAGGUUUAGGAUUCAGCAUUUUAGACUACCAGGAUCCCUUAGAUCCAACAAAGACCGCAUUUGUCAUCAGUUCCCUUGUGCCAUGUGGAGUGGCUGAACGUGGUGGUGCCCUCUUCCCUGGUGACCGCUUAGUCUCUGUAAAUGAUAUGUGUUUGCAUAAUAUUGGUCUAGAAGAAGCUGUAGAAGUUCUAAAAUCUGUACCACCUGGUGAAGUUCAUCUUGGAAUCUGCAAACCUUUGGUGGGAGAAAAUAAACAUAAUGGGACUUCUUCUGUGAAACCCGAGAGACUUAACAGAAGUUCAGUAUCUCAAGAAUCAAUCAAUAAUAUUGAGUCAUCAAUCCUCCUUGCAGCUCCAAAGGACUUCAGAAAUGAAUCUGAAGAAGAACUUGUUGAUGAGCCCAUCCUGGGAGAGCUUGUUGAUGAGCCAAACUUGGAUGUGGGGAGACAGUUUCAACUUAUGCAGAGCAAAACAGAUGUUGAUCAGGAAUCCUGGGAAAUGCAUGAGAUUUUGAACCCCAUGGAAGAAUAUCUUGGUGAAGAACGAGAGAUGUUAGUGGAUGAAGUGUAUGAUGUAGAUCAAGAUUACGGAAGAGGUCCGUCAAUAAAUAUGAGGGAAAUAUCUUCAUCUCCUGUGGUGGACAUUGCAACUGAAGGACAUUGGAUCGAAGAAUUAGACAGUACUAAAAUGGUAGAACUGAAUCCUACAAACGAUCUUAAUACUGAAGAGAAUGAAGAAAAGAGUACUAAUAAUUCACUAUUCCAUGGUGUUUCAGUGGAGUGCAGCCAAGAAAAGCCUAUGUUGGAUGGUAUUGCAAACCAAAGUGACCCUAAAGAAGAUCUAUGCAGUGAUGUUGAUCAUGAGAAAUACAACAUGAAAAAUGAAGAUAUUGAUCCUUCCAGCUCCCAAGAUUCUGCGCUAUGUAGAAUAGUGCUGUCUAAUGAAUUGCCUGAAAGAGAAGAAGGAGAAGGAGAAGAAACUCCAAUUUUCAGUCACUGGGGACCCCCCCAAAUAAUUGAAAUUUUCCGGGAGCCCCAUGUUCCUCUUGGCAUCAGUAUUGUUGGUGGGCAUACAGUUAUAAAACGCCUGAAGAAUGGAGAAGAGCUUAAAGGAAUAUUUAUCAAGCAGGUUUUAGAAGACAGCCCUGCUGGAAGAACAAAAGCUCUCAAAACAGGAGAUAAAAUACUUGAAGUAUCUGGAACAGACCUACAAAAUGCUACUCAUGAAGAAGCUGUGGAAGCUAUUAAAAAUGCAGGCAACCCCAUUGUUUUUGUGGUGCAAAGUCUGUCAACUCUUCCAAGGAUAGUUUCAGUAAUAAACCCCAAGAAAAAGAAAGAUGACAAAGAUCAGGACACAGAAGAAACUGAAAAGAAGAAAAGUGGAAUUCCACCACCCAUGAAAUUUCCACCACCGUACAAAGCAGUAAGAACGUGCAGCUCGGAUGAUCCAGAAGAGGAAGAGGAUGAAGAGGAAGAAAAUGUUUUUACAGAGGAGAAAAUCAGACAAAGAUAUGCAGAACUUCCUGGAGAAUUGCACAUUAUUGAACUUGAAAAGGAUAAGAAUGGACUUGGACUCAGCCUUGCAGGCAACAAGGAUAGGUCCCACAUGAGCAUUUUUGUUGUGGGGAUUAGUCCAGAUGGCCCUGCAGGAAAAGAUGGAAGAAUGCAUAUUGGAGAUGAACUUUUAGAGAUAAAUAACCAGAUUUUAUAUGGGAGGAGUCACCAGAAUGCUUCUGCGAUAAUUAAGACAGCGCCAUCAAAGGUCAAACUGGUAUUUAUACGCAAUGAGGAUGCAUUUAACCAGAUGGCUGUAGCUCCUUUUCCAUUACCCUCUUGCACUCAGUCUUCCAAUGAGGAUAUCAGCAGCAAACCUGAAAAACAGGUGAUUGAAGACCAGCAAGUUAAGGCAGACCAGGCUCCAGAAAAUCUUCGAAACCAGUUAAAGCAAACCAAGUUUUCCACAGUGAACCCCAUCCCAAUCAAUUUACAUGAGAUUUCUUUGGCCCCUGAAUCAUCUUAUCCUCCAGAGACAGAAUUCAGCAACCAAAACAACUUUCCACUGCCUCCAGUAGAUCCAGCAAUGUGCCCAAUUGUUCCUGGCCAAGAAAUGAUUAUUGAAAUAUCUAAAGGACGAUCAGGUCUGGGACUCAGUAUUGUAGGAGGAAAGGAUACACCACUUGAUGCCAUAGUCAUACAUGAAGUUUAUGAAGAAGGAGCAGCUGCUAGAGAUGGUCGACUUUGGGCUGGUGAUCAAAUUCUGGAAGUUAAUGGAAUAGACUUGAGAAAUGCCAGUCAUGAAGAUGCUAUCACUGCCUUGAGGCAAACACCUCCAAAAGUGCAGCUUGUUGUCUAUAGAGAUGAAGCUCAUUAUAAAGAUGAAGAAAAUUUUGAGAUUUUCUUUGUAGACCUACAACGGAAAAUGGGCAGAGGAUUGGGACUUAGCAUUGUAGGGAAAAGAAAUGGAAGCGGUGUGUUUAUCUCUGACAUUGUCAAAGGAGGAGCCGCUGACCUUGAUGGAAGAUUAAUUCAAGGAGAUCAGAUAUUAUCUGUCAACGGUGAGGAUGUCAGACAGGCUUCUCAAGAGGUGGUAGCCACCAUUCUUAAGUGUGCCCAAGGACUUGUGCAACUGGAGAUUGGACGGUUGAGGGCGGGAUCUUCAUUAUCCUCAAGGAAGACAUCUCAAAACAGUCAGAUGAGCCAACAUAAUGUCCAUAGCCACUUUCAUCCUACAUUUGCUCCAGUUAUCUCCACUUUGCAAAAUUUAGUCAGCAGUAAGAGAUCAUCUGCUGAUCCUUCUCAGAGAAAUUCAGUUGGAGCAGACAUAAGCCCAAGAACUGUGGAAAUAACAAGGGGCCUGAACGAUGCUCUUGGUAUCAGUAUUGCUGGUGGCAAGGGAAGUCCCUUGGCAGAUAUUCCGAUCUUCAUUGCUAUGAUUCAAGCCAAUGGAGUGGCAGCACGCACACAUAAACUACGAGUUGGUGAUAGGAUUGUCAGUAUUAAUGGGCAGCCUUUGGAUGGUCUGUCUCAUGCUGAGGUAGUAAAUCUGCUGAAGAAUGCCUAUGGGACCAUCAUCCUGCAGGUAGUGGCUGAUACCAACAUCAGUGCCAUUGCCAGCCAGAUAGAGAAUAUGACUUCCAGCACUAACUUUACUCCACCCACUGAGCAUCAUUCUGAAUACCCAGAAGCACCUCAGCCUAAAAUCAUUGUGUUGGAGAAAGGGUCGGAUGGAUUGGGCUUUAGCAUUGUAGGAGGCUUCGGAAGCCCACAAGGAGACCUCCCUAUAUAUGUCAAGACCAUUUUUGCCAAGGGAGCAGCUGCAGAUGAUGGCAGACUGAAGCGUGGUGACCAGAUUUUAGCUGUUAAUGGACAGUCUCUGGAAGGGGUGACUCAUGAGCAAGCCGUAGCUAUUCUGAAGCACCAAAAGGGAGAAGUGACAUUAACAGUGUUGCCAUGAGCUUUGCUGCAAAGGCAACUUGGGCUGGAUGCAAUUAUUUCUGAGCAUUGCUAGAGCUGCUAUAAAAUGAUCUACAAUCCUUGUCAGAUGGCAACCCAACUCCAGCUAAAAUUAGCACAUAUUAUUAAGAAUGUUGCUAUGCAGCUAUGGCCAUUGUAGUGGUCCAUUAUGUCUUGUCAUUGAAGCUAUUUGUGAAAGCCUUAAUCCUACAUCUCAUCCCCCCUACGUUCUCUUGAAUGGGCUUUUGAUUCCUUCCUUUGUCCAUAAUUAUCAUCUCUUAGUAGGAAAUGUAAUCAGGAUACUAAAAUUAGCAUAUAUACAAGAAAGAAUGUGGCCAUUUGUUGGUUCCCAUCUAAUGAACAGAUAGAAAUACUGAUUGACUUUUCGUCUUGUUCAUGGUUUGAUUGUCAAACUUUUUACCCGUGCCAGAAAACAUUAAAAUGUAAUUCAAUUACAGCUUUUUUUGAAUAAUGAAAUAUCAAAUUCUCUGGUGGGAAAUUAAUUGCAUAAGAAUUUCUAAUGAUGAAGUGCCAAUCCUCCUAUCUAAUCUCUCUGAAUAAAUAUAUGUAAAUUAGUUAUAACCAUGACAAGUAAAAUUUAAGCUUCUCCUUACUCAUUUUCUGGUUUUGGAAAAUCCUGUGAUAGAUUGGCAAGAAUCUUUAGAGGUUCCUAUCUCUGGACAACUGGUUAAAUAGUGGAAAUAAUUUGUACCAUGUGAAGCAGGGGUGGGGAACAAUGAUCCUUUUAUUUAUUUGUGGGUUUCAGGUCCCAGAAUUCCUAAGCCAUGCUGGCUCAGGAAUUCUGGUAGUUGGAAGUCCAGAAGUUAUAAAGGGGCUAUGUUUCCCCACCUCUGAUGUAAGGCUUAACUCCAUUGAAAUGAAUGAAAGUGAGCCUUAAUUUGGAAUUAGGGCUACUUAUUAUUUAUGGUGAUAAUAUAACGAAUUGUAAACAUGAUCUUCCAAUCUCAUGAUCAAAUUUUGACAUAUAUGUCUCAAUAAUAAAUAAAAUGGCAAUUUUCGAUUUAAAAUCCUGCAGCUUCUGUAAAAUAUGUUUACUGUUAUGUUGUAAUUAGAAUGCAAUAAGAUCAUCUUGUUUAAAAUAAAGUAUGUCUCUUAACUCUGCCAAGGUGAAUAAGUAGUGGUCAAAAAAGAAGUGGCAAUGUCUUGUUAAGAAUAAUGUCUGUGUUUUCAUAUUCUGUCUUUGGAUCUAGUGAAUCACAAAGUGCAUUAAGCUAUUGGAAUAUAGCAAUAGCUAUGCAUAUUCCAUGAAUAGUGCCUGAAAGCAGAUUAAAAUGAUUUUAAAAGGUUUCUACUCAAUGUCCAAAUAAUAUUUAUAUGAAAUGCAAGUGAAAAUGGCCACAAAGAAAACUCACUAAUUCUUUUUAAGACUUGAGGGCAUUUGAUAUUGUCAGGUUAUACUUAGAUUUACACUGGAUAUUCAUGCUUAACUUGAAGGUAUACAAGAUGUUAAUUUGUUUAAGAAUUGAGACCCAAAAUCCAAUGAUCAGCCAAGAAUGUAUAUUUUAAAUGGAUAUAAUCAUUCUUUUAACUGAUAUGCAAACAGUGGAGCUUCUUUUCACAGGUUUCUGAUGAAGGGGAUGUUGGGCUUAUAUGCUAAAAUAAUGUGCAUGUUUUCUGGCUCAGAUGGGAGAUCACCUCAUUGUUGCUUAUAAUUUAUACUUUUUAUGUGUUUCAUAUAGUGCUAUUAAAAAAAAACAAUAAACGAAAAAAAUACCCCCAAACAAACUGCAUUGUAACCUGCGGAUAAAUUGAUGAUAAUGUGGGGAAGUCAGUGCUAUAUGUAAAUAUUCGAAAGCACAAUCUGGUUGGAGGUUUUCCAUCUGUCACAGUUGGAAUGACUUAAGUGGGAAUGACUUAAGUGUGUAUAGUAAACCGCCCAGUUGAUUGUGCCUCAGUUGUUUAAGCAGAAAUCUUUGUCUUUCGGAGAGUUUAUGGGUUUUUUGGUUUUGAUAAUGCUGCUAAUUUCUACGAGGGGCGGUGAUACCUACUGUAUGUUUGUGUAUAAAAUAAAAUGUUUUAUGAAUUCCAAAGAUUCUUAAUAAAGUUCACUUGCAUAAAUAAUGGUGGCAUGGUGGGAAGGAAUUAACAUUGCACCCAUUUCAUGGAAACAUAUUACAGAUUAUUUUGGUCUUUGCCAGCAAAUAAACUCCUUAACAUUACUAUAGGGAAAGG